AUGCGAAUACUCACCGUUGGCGACGGCGACCUAUCCUACAGCCUCGCGCUUCAGCGCGCCUUUGGCGCCGACGUCAGCCUGGUGGCAACCACGCUCCCCGCCGCCGACGAGCUUUGUGCGACGUACCGCAAUACAGGUAAGAUCCUUGCCGAGCUUGCGGAGCGCGGAGCCACCGUCCUGCACGGGAUCGACGCGACUCGCCUGCCGCUGAGCCUCGGCCGGUUCGCCCAUGUCGUUUUUUGCCACCCUCACCUCGGCCUCUCCGACCUGAUCGACGAAGCGGCGCACGCGCAGAGGCACAGCGUUCUGGUUGCGCACUUCCUUGAUUCGGCCGCGGCGCUGCUCGAGGCGUCGGGCACGAUCCACCUGACCCUCUGCGGCUCCCAGCCUCGUACGUGGGCGGUGGACGAGCACGCCGCUCGCCUCGGCCUCGACAUUGUGCAGCGCGCGCCGCCGGCGACGCCGAGCUGCUUUUGGCCACCGCCGUCGUGCGGCGGCAGCGGCGAGACAACGCCACCGCCCACCGCCCUCGCGCCCGAGCCUGGCUGGGCUGCGCCGCGCAAGUUCCGGUCGGGCUCUCUCGGCUCGCGCCACUGGCUCGGCAGGUUUGGGUACGAGCAUCGCCGCUGCGAGGGCGACGCGGACAUGCACGUCGAGAACAGCGUCGAGCUCCUCUUUUGCGAGGAGGGCGGCACGGCGAGCGGCAGCUCGGCGGAUGUCACCGCGGAGUGCCCCGUCCACGUCAUGGUCGUCUCUGCCACGGCGGAGACGAGCCCCGUGCAGCUCACGACGCUGCGGCUGGUCAGCGGCGGCAGGCGUGGCCGGCUCUGCGGCGACCUCUGCUUCUUCCUGCGCGCGCACGCGGGAUGCCCGGUCGUGGGGGAUCGGUACGCGAGGCGCGAGCGCGGCGAGCUGCCGCGUUACUGCAACGCUCUCAGGAAGAGCCGUGCGCGGCCUCAGAUCAGCUGCAUCGGGGUCGGGGUGGGAGGGGGCGGCGUUGAGGGUGAGGUGCGGGUGGAGCUCGCUGUGCCGCCCCGGCUGCUAGCGAGCACGUGGUCCACGCCCGAGGCGGCGAGGGGGGCGAGGGGAGAGUGCGGGUUGAGAGGGGUGAGUGAUCCGUUUUGA